UUUGGGACAUUUUUCUCAAGUCUCCAUCAUGGCAAGGCUCAGCAAUUAUCUUAUUUUGGUGGCUUUCUUUGUUGCUACCACAAUAGCUACAAUCUCAGCCACCGAGAAUGAAACAUUGUCUCAAUGUGGAAAAUAUAUGGGAGCACACUGUGGAAAGCAAGUGGCUGACAAAUUGAGGGGUAGUCAUAUUGAUACUGCAAUUUCCAGUGAUUGUUGUUAUAAGCUUUUGCAGACGGGUUAUCCUUGUCACACCAAGUACACCUUGUAUGUUCUUCUAAACAGGCCAGAGCUUAAACAUUCAAAUUGGACUGAACUUUUUGCAAAAAGUGAUCAAAUAUACCACGAGUGUGAUGUGCUUACCUCACCAGGAAGCAUCGAAUUUGUGGCUAAGUGCACAGAAAAUUUAGGCAAUGAAUGUGGAGAACAAGUAUACAACAAGCUGAUCCAUGACGGGAGAAUCACUAAGCCCUGCUGUCAAGAGCUUGUGAAAAAUGGUCUACAAUGCCAUACUGCUAUGGUGAAGUCUUUGAUUCGCAUCCCCGAGAUGAGGAAUGCCAAUGCAACUGAACUUAUGAAGAAGAACAGCUUGAUAUUCAAUCACUGUCUUCACGUUUAA